UUAAGUGGAAAUCAUGGCGAAUGUUUUGGUGUUAUGUUUUCCCUUUUUUCGAGGUCGAGUUUUGAAACGGGUCAUCCCAAAUAUAUGCUUAUUUUUUUGUAUGGGAAUAAAUAUUUAAUUCUGUUACUAUGAUUUCCCACUAAUCGAUUAUACUUUAUGAUUUCGGGAGAUACUUUGUUACUUGGUCUGAACAAGCUUUUACCCUUCAGCAUCAAACCAGCUAAUUCCUUGCUUAUUGUAUGCUAGAAGUCACCAUCUGGUAGGGCUGUAAUCCUCUUAAUAGUAUCACAGAUUAGUUAAAAAGUUGUAGAAAAUAUGCAUGUAGACAGAAUGCUUACUUUAAAUUGUAUAUGUAAAUUACAUCUGUAACUGGUGAUCCAUGUUAGAGUAGCAUCAAGGAACCAAAAAUUCACUACAUUAUGUCAUAACAGAGAAUUCAUGCCUUUUAAGGCUCUCUAUUUCUUAUUAUACUCCUUUUGGAAUAUAUGUACAUCCUCUGCUUGGUAGAGAUGGGAGCAAGUGCAUCCUCUCCAGCUUCUUGCAGCAACACGCAAACGGAGCCGAUGGCAUCAUCUCUCCAAGCGCAGAGCAAAGUGUGCACCAGUUUUUCAUCUGUCAACGUCGACCAGUAUGGCAAGGAGAAGAAGAGAAAAGUCGGAUCAUUGUCCACUCUCCGUAAGCGCUUUGCCCGCCGCCGGAGGACGAGCAAGGGAUUCGACCACGCUCAGGUCUUCCGAGAGUUCCUUGCUGACUGGAGUCCCAGAGACGUUGUUGCCUUGGUGGAGGAGUAUGAAGCCACUGCAGCACUGAAAGAAAUUACUUUGCAGGCAGAGAUGGCACGACCACCAGCCACUUCCUGCAAACAAGAUUUGGGCAUGUUGUUUGAGAACAAAUACUGUUCUGAUAUUAAUCUCAUCUACCAAGGAACAGUAUUUGCUGUUCAUCGUGCAAUAUUGGCUGCCAGGUGCCCCUUUUUCAGGGAAAUGCUCAAUAGUUUAUCGUCUAUUUGUACAGAAGUUGCAGUUGACAUUGAUAUAGCCGGUGUUAGUAUAUCUAUGUUUAAUGAACUUCUUAGAUAUUUGUACACUGGGGACCUUUCUCUUGCUGAAACAUAUAGUGGCAAUUUUGACAUCCUGUUUCAGUUGAGUGAACAGUUUGGGAUUCCCAAUCCUCUUGAACAGGAUCUAAAAUACUUGCUUGAGACUGGUAUUUACAGUGAUAUUUCCUUAAGCUUUACUUCUCCAAGUGAUACUGGCCAUUCGGUUGCGCGUGGCCAGACCACCUAUAUCUGUGAUCAUAUAUUGACUGAUGCGGAAGGAAAACCGUGCAAAAUCUGCCAUGGGACAAAUGAAUUUUGGUGCCAUCGAGCCAUUUUAUCGGCUCGGUCACCUUUUUUUCGAAAUGUGAUUCACAGGCAGCAGCGGCGGUCAGCCGACAUGCAUGAAACUCAUAGGACUCGAAUUCUGUUGGAUGAUAGUAUAAUUCCACGUCGCUAUGCCUGUAUUUUACUUCGAGCUGUGUAUCAAGAUGCUUUGGAGUUCGGAGCUGUACUACCGGACAGUGCAAAAAGAGGUAGCUUGACAGAUGUACAUGUUCCACAGUCAUCUGUUGAAGAAGCCAUGCAAUUGUAUGAAGUUGCUCGUUUCAUUGAGAUGGAUGCCCUAAUGCAAAGUUGUGAAGAUUUCAUUGUAGAGUCUUUGAGCUUGGAAAGUCUUCUACCUGUUCUUCGUUGGAGCAGUCAACCUCAUGGCUCACAGUGGGUUUAUAGGCAGACUAUUAAUUUUAUGCGGGAAGAGUUCAUGACUGUUGCAGCUUCUCCUGUUUUGUUUCAGCUGGAUAAAUCUCAUUUGAUUGAUGUUAUUAAAUCAGAUUUUUUACAAGCCGGUGAACUUGAAGUUCUUCAAGCUGUAUUAAAAUGGGGAGAACACCAGCUUUUCAAGCGUGUCGAAGAGAGAGAACCCAACCUGGUAAGCCAUACAGCCCACAGUGUAAGCAGACGGGGAUUGAGAAGGCGAGAUCUCAGUGAUGUGGAGUUGCGUGAUCUACUAUCUGACCUCCUGAGCUGUGUACGCAUCAGCCACAUUCUACCUCCUGAUAGUGAAGUUUUGGUGUCAGCCGUGAGGCGUGGUCUCAUCAGCACACCACCAUCUUACAUGUUAGGAGAUGAUUUGCUGGUGGGACAUAGCUCAAACUUGAAACCCAAAGCGUGGAUCAGGGGUCGUAAUAGUCAUGGACUCUAUGUGAAGCCUCGACUUUUCACGCCUUAUGUGGAAGAAGCAAAGGCAUGGUUGGAGGAACAAUUGGGUCAAGACACAGAUGUGGUUCGUCAGCAAGUGUGGCACAUCUCUCACAUUCCUGACACUCUAUAUAUGGUGGAAAAACCCCUCUCUUUCAGUGAAGGAGUUGUACCUCUUGGGCACCUCUGUCCUCUAUCCAGUUUGGAGUUUAUGAAGGAUGUUGUGCUCGAUGAGGUGACCUUGCGGCAAAUGAAAAAGCGUGAAAAGGAGUUGAGGCAAAGCCAAUCUGCUCGUCGAGCUUAUUCGGUCAUCAGAAAUCACUGUGAUGUGACCAAACUGUUGCAAUUGCGCGUUGUCCGAGAGUUUGGCCUUCCGGACAAAGUCAUGGAGGUGCUCCAUCGCACUUCUUAUCAAUUCUUGGAGGAAUAUGGAGCUGAGCAUCACCCAGUUGCCAGUUCCGCAACUCCAGGCCAUCAGUCACGUUAUGCUGGGGACCAUUCUAGUCAUAUGUAUGGGCUGCCAAGAAUGUACAAACCUUCUAGGCAUCUCAGUUUAGAACUUGGGGAGGCCAGAGAUGAGCCUCUUCAAUCAUCAAAUCAGAUGUCAAGAAGCUGUUGUAGUGAUCACUUAAAUGAAAUAAUUCCUGACAUUGCCAUGGCCACAUCCCUCCUGGAGCAGAUUCAUAUCAGUGAGUCUGAGACCAGCCCCGACAGUGGAGGAUUCUCGCUGCGAAUGUUUUGACUGAGGUGGUCAUUUAGAGGACUUAGAAAUUGUCUUCCAUGUCAAUGUUUUUAACAUGGAAUAAAGAAUUGCUUGUAAAUUUCACUGUACAUACACUCUCUCUCGGACAAACCUCAUAAUCAGUUGGCUUGCUGUUAUUCAAUGGAUUUGUUGGCUUUUAAAACAACAGGGUGUUCUUAGCUAGAUUUGUUUCCUUCUGGCUGUCUCUCUCCACUGGAGAGAAGAGCAUCAUUCCUCAUUGUACAAUUCUCUCGUUGAAGCAGGUUACUGGAAGUUGUCUUUUCAUUAGGAUUGGAAAGCGUAACUUUCUAUUUGGUGUAUAUAGUGUUGAUAUUUUCUUUGAAUUUUAAGAUAUUUUUCAUAUGUUGCAAUUUAAAUUAAGUAUGUAUUAUACAAUCAGUGUUGAUGUUAUGUUUGUGUAUUCUUUAAAAAUUAUUCAUUUUUCACAUCCCUCUAAUAUUUAUUUAUUGAAAAAGUUUAUAUUCUUGGUUGCUUCCUAUAUGCUGUGAGUUAAUCCUCUUCUUCCAGUGUAAUCAAAAUUCUAAUUUUUUUUUUCUUUGUGUACAGAUAUAAUGUUAAAAAAGGAUCAACUAAAUCCCUUUGUCUGUUUUAACUUCCAUUACUUUUAACUUCUGCAUAAUGUACCUAAAUACUGUUUUCUAUAAAUAUCUGUAAAUGUAAUGGGAUUUUGAUGGAAAACGAGUCAGCAUCUUGCCAGUUGCAUGUUUUUCUGUGAAUACUUGAUCAGUAUUUGCUAUUGAAUGAAGCUGAUGUAAAGAGAUGUGACCAAUGUGUUUUAUUGUGAAUGAUUUUAUGCAUUUUUAGUUUGCUAGAUUUUUAUAAUUUAAAUUAAUUUCCUCGAUAUUUGAAAGUCACUGCCAUUUGUUAACAAAAAUUUAUAGUCAUCUAAAUAUGUUGUUCAUUCAAAAUGUGUUUUGUUAUCUUGUGCAUACAGAAAAAAAAAAAAAAUCACCCAGUUUCUUCCUCCCUACCUUGCAUCAUUCCAGCAUAUUGUCUAAAUGAGACUGGUAACUUAUUAUUCUGUAAAGAUUUUAAUAAAAAAAAUGUUCUAUAAGA